AUGAAACUCACAAAUCAAACUCAAAUCAUCAAUUAACCAGCACAUAUUACUUGCAAGAAUUAAACAAUGAAGCUUGGAAACAAUAAGAGGUCUAGAAAUACAGGAGUUAGCCUUAUCUGCGCGUCUAUCAAUUAGUUAAACAAAGAGAAAAAGGUGAUUCUUUGUGAUGCAUUAAACAAUGAUUAAAUGACUUUAAAGAUUAACAAAUAACAUGAAAAUAACAAUACUGCCAUUGAUAUACUCAUGAAUGAGCAAGACAGACGCUAAAUCAUGGAAGAUAAUAGAAAGAGCAAUGCGAUGAAAGCUGAAUAAAGUCUAUUACAUGAGGAUAUUGAAGGAAUUUUAGAGAAAUUUGGAGAAUGCGGUAAUAAAGUGUAAGAUCAGCUAGAAAUAUAGAAAUGUCAAAAAUUGAUUAGCACAAUAAGUAAUCUAUCUUCUGAAACAUCCACCCCGAGAGAGAUAGUCUUCUAAGUUAAUCCAGGAUUUGGAUUGAAGCAAUAGAGAUUAAGCUUUGGUAGAUGGAGCAAUGAAGAGCACGAUAAAUUCAUUGAUGCACUUAGAACUUAUGGUAAAAAUUGGAGAAUGGUCUUUGAGAGUCUUAAUUCACGCUCUGAGCAGUAGAUUAGGUCUCAUGCCCAAAAGUUCUUCAAUAAACUAAAGAAGAGAAAGACCUGUAAAGACCUUGACAUUUACAAAGUUCUUGAAUCUUACAAUUCAAGACAGAAAGAUAGGUAUAGCAGCAAGACAUAAUUUGAUAAAAUUUAAGCACUGUGGAGUCUCAAGAAACAUCCUAUAUCUAAGGAUAAACUCAAACAAGAAGAGCUCUAUCAGUUUAAGAAAAAUCAAUUGUUCGAUAUCAAGAGAGAGAAAGUACCACAAAUGUUUUCAUGCUCUAACAGAAUAUCUUAAGUUCAAGAGGAUCCCUCAAUCUUCUCGAGUAGUAUUAAUAAAACCUUAUAAUAAACAAGAACUAAAGAUUUAUUUGAGGUUAGUCAUGUAUAAAAGCAAUAAAUAAGGGAAAGUUAAUACAAUUACUAAGAUAGCACUAUAAAAAAUAAUUAAUUAAGUCAAGUUCUAUAAUCUCUCAGCAAUAGCGGGGAGAAAAAAUCCAGAAACAAGAAUAUAUUUCUUGUAACAAAAGUCUCAAAGGAUACUUAAAUUUCAGAAGAAGGCUCAACAGACACCUGGAGCAGCCUUAGACCUUUAAGAUAAUUAUAAUAAGUUUAAAUAUCCUAGGAUGAGUUCAAGCAAUUUUUAGCUUGGAAAAAGUAGCAAUAAUUCUAAACUUAGACACAACUUGCUUAACUUAAUUAAAAUAACAGUAAGAUCUCACGCAAAAAUAGUAUAGACUCCAUUUUUAAUAUGGAUUAAGACAUCGAUUAGAAUUUUUCAUUGUAGUCUAGAAAAGAUAGUGCCUAAACAAAUUUUACCAGUGAGUCUUAUGAUAAUCAUAGUAAAAAACUAGAUUUAAUGUACUAAUAAUCCUCAUCAGAUUCUUGUUUGGAUGUUACCUCAUUUAUUGCUGAUGAAGAAAAUGAGUACAUAAAUGAGAACUAGUAUAGAGAUCAAGAAAUGAGUGAUGUGUCUCAAUAUCUUUCUGAAAGUUCUAAGGAGAGGUAUAGUUACUAUUAAGAGCCAUUGAACGAUUACAAUCUCAAGAUAAACUAAGGCUAAUACUUUUAGACUGGAGAAUAAUGUGCCUUAGACUGUCAAUAUUCAUAUGAAAUAGACUGUGAAAAGAUAUAGAUGAUGGAAUAUUAAGUGAAAAGACAUAACUCAGUACAUCAAUCAUCAAACUAAAGAAAUAAAUAAAACAAUCAACUAAACCAAUUUUACCAAGAUUCUUUUGAUUUUCAACAUGAAAUUUGA